UGCCCGACGCCGGGUGAUUAAACCCAUCGCCGGGAGUAAAAUCGCUUUUCGGCUUCCGUAUCUUGGGGGGGGGGAAGUCAGGUGCCAAUAUAACAACAACAACAACAAGGAGAACUGUGAAGUGAUUGCUGAGAAUUUGGGGACGCACGCAGACAGAGACAGAGAGGUACAGACAGACAGACAGACAGACGGAGAGAAUGGCGACUGAUGGCCCACCAGAGAAUGUGGUUCAGGACCAAGUUAGGUCACUGCUGGAGAGCGAAAAGGUCAAACUUUGGGAGCCUCCUUACACGGCCGAAAAUAAAUCUGCUUCACCGGAGCUAAAAAUUCUGGGUGAGAAGUAUGCGUUACAGCUGUGCAUUGAUCUGGGUAUGGUAGAAAAUGUUCUUGAAAGUUUGAGAUGUAAUUCACUGCAAGGCCUGAGUGCAAAAAAGACAUUUGAGGACACCGGACUUGCAACAAUCCGUAUCAAUUAUACCAGUCAUGCAAAGAGGAAAGAGAAAACUAAGUUGACAACUAAACUAAACAUUUCAGCCAAAGAUCUAAGAACAGAAAUUGCAAAAUUGACUGGAAUGAAUGAAGAGCACGUUAAACUCAUAAUGAACUCCAAAGUUCUUAAAAUGGAUCGAUCGCUUGCUGAACAGAAUAUAAAAAAUAAUUCAAUAAUUAUGGUUAUGCAAAUAACUCUAACCGAAGAAGAAGCAAAAGAGCAAGAGACAGUCUUCCAAGAGGAGAUGAGGGAACAGGAUGAGAGGAAAGCCAAAAUAUCGAGGACUAGAAAGGGUGCUGAAAUCUUAGCUCAGCAUGGUGAGAAUACAGAUCUAAGUAAUGUUCCAUACUUAGAAAUUGCAGAUCAGAAAGGACGCCCCAUCCCUAUUCCUGCUGUAGAAAAAAAGGCACUUUUAUUAGCUAUGACACUACAUGAAAAAGGCAGAGCAUUCAUGAAGAAGAAAGAUUAUGCUUCGGCACUGUUGUAUUUGUUGGAUGCUGAUGAAGAAUUUGGAAAAUGUGGGUCUGAGCUCCUGAACAUUGUAGAUAACCAUGCAGUCCUACAACUGGAAGUAGUGUGGUGUUAUCUUCAGCUGGAGCAGCUUGACUGUCUGCGUGAUGCGGAAGAGAGAUUAAAACGUGCUCAAACUCGGCUGAAUAACUGCUACGGAGAGAACCUGGAGCGACUCUACAACCUGAAGGGUAACACUGCCAAUGAGCAGGUGCUAUAUUUGCGACUCAAGCUUCUUCAGGGAGUGGUAUUGUACCAUAAAGGAAAGCUGGAUCAGACUAAAAAUCAUCUGAAUGAGGCAGAAAUGUUAUUAGGGAAGCUUUCUGUGGAUGAUAAAAAGGUGGUACAACUCAUGAGUCUUGGAUUUACAGCCCAGGAGGCUCGGCUAGGUUUGCGAGCGUGUAACAAUGAUAUUGAUUUUGCUGCAUCACAUAUCUACCAGAGAAGAGAGGAGAAAGCUGAAAUAAGGAGAAAAGAGAAAGCAGAGAGAAAAAGGAAAAAGCAAGAAGCUGUGAAUUCCUUGAUGGCUUUGGGCUAUUCAGAAAAAGCUGCUGCCAAGGCAUUUAGAUCAGCUAAUAAUAACUUGGACCGUGCCAUAGAGUUACUUAAACGCAGCCCUGAGCCAGCCUACCUAGACGAAGAAGAAGCUGGACCAAGUAACAGAGUUGAAAUCUCUGAAGAAACUAUUAAUCAGGUGGCGUUUUUGGGUUUUGAUCACUCUGCUGCAGAAAUUGCUCUCAGGAGAUUUAAUGGGAACAUUGAGCGUGCUGUUCAGGCAUUGAUAGAUCACGGUGGAUAUCUUCCAUCAAGUCUACUUAAUUCACCUCCCUCGUCAUCAUCACCAGAGGAUAUGGAGGUUGGAGAGUCCUCAGAAGAAAAACAAAGGGAGCGUGAAAUUGUGGAAGAGGUUUUGGCGGAUAUCCCAGAACAUGAAGAGGAUUACCUUGACAUGCCCCUGGAGGAGGAGAGGGAGGUCAUUAUCAAGUACAAGACUUGGCUACGAGGGUCACAAAAUCUACCUCGUAAUUAGUGAGCAGUGAAGGAGCCAGUGCUAAAACCCAGUCACUGAUUUGUGCCUCAUGCCUCUGCCUACAGAAUUUGCCUUUUUAUUAAUGGCUCAUCAACUUUUUUAAAAAAAACUUUUGUUAAUAAUUUAAUUGCCAAAGUUUUUUCUAUAAAAACCUGAAGCUGUGGCAUCCUUUUCUUUAAAAUAAAAUCAUCAGCUUUUAGUGCAAAUGUUAGCAACGAGGAUAUGUUGCUCUUGCAUCUUUGCAGUAAGUGCAGAGGUUUACUAGCAGUGUUCUCGUCACCAAAAUAGAUGUUGCUGUUGCAAUAAACAGCUGAUCCAAAUUUGGCUGAUAUUAACGCUGGGUAGUUGUAUAUGGCAAGGAGACACCAGUUAUUUUGAUCCUCUGGGUUUUGCUUUCACGUACUAAAUUGUAAAUUCUAGUUGGAAAGUGCAGUAGCAUAGGGAAACCUGUCUGACUCAUUUUUAUGGACAUUUGGAUUUCUUUUGUCAAUCAAACAGAAUUCUACCAUUUUUUAUCUCCUUGAAGAUGCUUGAUUGCAUCACCAAGCAUUUGCCUACUUGUGCAGUGGUCUUAAAUGGUGAUUUUUUGAUAGCCAGAAUAUUAAUUUCAACCAAGGUUCAAUCGACAGUAUUGUUUUCUUUCUUGCCCCAGUACUGACUUUAUAUUGCGGAGAAUAUAAUCAGUAUUCAAAGCUGUUCCCCUGCUCUCUGGUCGCAGUUAUUCAGUGACUCUCAAUCCCACACCUGGCUUUGUGCACCAGCCAGCAUUAGGUCUGCCUAUAAAUACACCAUUGAAAACAGUGGUUAAUGUUUCGAGCACCAAUACUUCGAAUUUAUCCUAUAAAAAUUAGACCGAGGAUUAGAUUUGAGGCAGGAGACAGUGCAGGUGUACUCAUAAUUGUUAUCCUACCUCAAACUGAAGCCUUAUCUGAAUGAGAAUUAAUGACUUAGGAGAUCUGCAAAGCAAUGACCUCAUUGACCACCUGUACCUGUUGAAGCAGAGAUUUAUCGCGACCGACAAAGUACACACAUUGUUCGGAGGCUUGUAUUUCUUUUCUCAGUAUUCUGAUCAUGAUGCUGUUCUUCAGCAUUUUUUUUAACCCAAAUCUCCUUCACCCCCUGUGCUUCAGGGCUAAACUCCAAAGCAAUUUGCUGCAGCAAAGUCAGUAGUGCCUCCAAUUGAUUUUCUAAAUAAUAUACCUGGGACUCCAUUGACUACUGAGCUGUAAAUGCUAAUAGUAAAACCAUAAUAGGUGCUUUAAGUUAACUGGAUACAGAUUUUGAAAGGGGCUGCUGCAAAUUGUUGGAAGUUUUAAAAAUGUGAAAAUAGGAAUGAUCUUUAAAUUCAGUAAAAAUGUACAAAUUUAAAUAGCCUACACAAUCCUAUUUUUGAAAAAAAUAUGUAUUUUGUCUUAUGAAAUUUAUGUACAGAGCCAAUUUUUUUCAGCAACAACACUUUUAUAAAGAGAUGUGCUUUGUUUGUUCUUGCUGUAAUGGAUUGAACUGAACCCAGCUGAUUUAAUCUUUUAUUUCUCUGCCCAUUUACGGAGUGCUGCACGUGAAAUGAUGGGCGCAGGAGGGCAUUAUUUGAGUUUUAGGACAUAAAAAUUCAUCCAUGAUUCAUUUGUAAUAGGCUACUUUUGGCCUUGGCUCAGUGAUAGCACCUUUGCCUCAGAGUCAAAAGGUUCAAACCACACAGCAAAAACUUGAGUACAGAACCCUGGCUGACAUAGUCAGAUGUGCCAUCUUUCAGAUGUGACCUUAAACCAAGACCCCAUCUGCCUCCUCCAGUAAAAAUUUCACCUGAAGGCCAGCAUCUCCUUUGGCACCGACACUUCAACGGCGCAGCGAACAGUGACCACACCUUGCGGCACUAUUUGAAAAUCAGGGAACUUCUUCCUCCUGUCCAGGCCAACAUUUAUUCUGGAACCCUGUUCAAACAUUUUGCUUCGUUGAUGUUUAUAACAGCAGAUUGGGACAAUGCAGCAAUUUAAAUCAAUUAUAAUUUUGCAAACUCUUGCUUCAAAAUAUCUUUUUUUCAGCCUCGUUAAAUUUUUCCUCUACCCUUCUACCUCCACCCCACCUUCCCUCGCCAAAGCACAUUUCUGAAUUUAAAUGGCUGUACUUUGUCAGGAAGUUUUGAUCCUUCUCCCUUCCCCUUUUUCUGUUUGAUAAUCUAUUACUUUUCAUAAGAGGCAACAAAAUCUUUUUUUGGCUGAAUUGGGUAGUGAACUGUUGCCUCUCUGUUCUUGAAGUCCUGCUUCUUAAGAGUUGUAAUUUUUAAGCAGUUUAUAAGACUCAAAUAAAAUGAUACUGUGUACUGAA